GAGGCCUUCUACGCGCGAGCGAGCCAAGUGGCGCAGAAGAUGGACCUGCAGUCUCAGCACUUGGCCAACAUUCUCUGGGCGUUCGCUCGUGUGAGGCCAAAGCACCCGCUGACGCUGCAGACGGUGCUCAGUCUGUUGCCGCUGUGUACGCAGCAGCUGCAGACCUUCAAGCCUCAGGAAGUUUCUUCAACUCUGCUGGCGACAGCCAAGGCGGUGGGCAAUGCUGAUGACAUGGCCCCCAUGUCGGCCACGCUGGACAACUUCCGCCAGGAGGUCUUAGACUUCUUCCACGCGUGUCUGCCCUGGGUGGUGGCGCGACUGCGGGACUUCUCGGAGCAGUCUCUGGCAAACUCCGUGAGCGCCUAUGCCAUGGUGCCUGUGCGGGGCUCUGACACGCUGGUGGACUGCGCCGGGAAGGAAGUCCUGAAAAGGCACAAGGACCUGGAUGUGAACGCCCUAGUGCACUUGCUGAAGGGCUUCACGCUGGUGCCUACCAGCAAUAGCAGCGUCCAGGUCGUCAAGGCGCUCGCGGAGGGCGUGUCGGCGCAGCUGGACCGCGUGCGAGCGCAGGAAAUGCAGAGCCUGGGACGUCUGCUGAACAGAGGCGGGCAGCCCAGGGAGCUGGAUCGGGAGGAGAUCCGCGCGCGCCUGGUGGCGCUGGCCCAAAGCGUACAGUUGAAUGUGGCGACGGAUAGCUUCCAGAAGGUGCCGGCAGCGCCGCUGCCACAGGCCAUGCCGUUGCCCAUGCAGCAGAUGCAGCAGGCGCCCAUGGUGGACCCCAUCGAGCUCCAGGCGGCAGCAGCGGUGUCUCCCACCAUGGCUCAGGGGCAGAUGGGCAUGCAGGAAAUCUUCCCGCAGGCCCGGCGACAGCAGCUCAGCCAGAUCCGGACACGGCAGCGCGUGGCCCAAGAGGAGAAGUUCCUCCAACACCCGCUGUGCCCCAUCAGCGAGUCCAAUCAGCUCAUGGCGGAGCGCCAGGCGGAGAACCCGGACCUCUCAGUGAUGGACAUCCACAAGAUGCAGAGCAAACUUCUGGAGAGAAAAGGCGUGCCACAGGAUGCCACAGGCUUUAGGAUGGAGCAGUCGGCUCCAUUGGACGCAUCGAAGUUGUUGGAGGCAUCCAGACAGGCAUACCCGCAGCCUUGCAUGCUGCCGACCCCUGCAGGCUUAACAGGCCCCUACCACGAUCCCAUGGUCCUCAUGCCGACAACGUCAUUGGCACCUGAGAUGGAGCAAGCUCGCGAUGCGGCACCUCAGAUGCUGCCAGGGCAAGAUGGCGGCAUGCACAGAGGACGACGGAACAAUUGGGAGACACAGCGCACUCUCUUCGUGAAGAACUCCUUCCUGCAUGUUGAGGACAGCGACGACGAUGAGGACGAUGUGAAUUGCGACGGCAACUCCUCCCACCGCUCCAGCUCGAUGCCCAGCUCUAUGGGCCGAGACUACGAGGACCGGCCUUGGAAUCGCCUGCCCUCCGCGGACAUGCUGGAGCUGCUCUACUCCAUGCGCAACAAGGCCGCUACCCCCGCGGAAGCGGCCCAAACCGGCUGAAUGUGUCAAGACGCAUGGCGCCUUGGCAUGGCCCUGCGGUAUGCGCUGGCUAAGCGCCAAAGGACUCCGUGGGUCAAGUCCAUCUGACUAGAGUCUUAGUUGCCCGGCGACCCGUUUCACCCGAACUUGGGGUUGGGUCGCAAGACUUUUCCAGUUUCCA